UUCGCGACCUGGCUGGCACCUGUCAACCACCACCAGACACAGCAGUACCCCGAUGACAUUAACAUCCUUGUUGUGCUCGGAUCCAGCAUCUUACGACCAGGACAUGCAAGAGGACGACACAACCGCGGAAGCCGGAGACGACAACGGCCACCAGAACAGCUCGAGCUCGAGCAGUCCGAGCAAGACGGAUCAAAAGAUGCUCGACUACUUCAUGGAGUUCUCCAACUCGUCCGACGAGAACCGCAAGAAGCUCACACGGCGGGUCAAGCACCGCAUCAACAACAAACGCCACCGCCAGCGAAAGCAGGUUGAGCUGGACCAGCUGCGCCGCGACGUGCCCGAUCUCGAGCGGCAACUGCGAGGCCUCGAAGCCGUCGUUGACUCGCGCCGAACCACGGCCGCCCAAACGAGUCUGUGGCAUCAGCAGGUGCAGGCCGAAAAGAAGAAGCUGGACGACGCCGUCGAAGAGCGCGACUUGCUGCACCAGACCAUCAAGGCACACGAGGUCCUGGUCGCGCUGUACGAGUCGCAGCUCCACAGGCCACACACAGUUGUGCCGUGGCUGCAGGAAAACAACCGACCGUCCCCCCCUGUGCCGCCGCCGCCGCCGCCGCCCCCAUCGUCGUCCGCCAGCUCCAAUGCGUCCACCGCCAGCACCACGUACCCCCCAUCGUUGUCGUCUUCGUCGUCGUCACCAGAUUCCACCACCACCACCCAUUGCUUUGCCGACGACAACCACGCUGCAAGACAACCUCCUUGUACAUGAAGACUCUCUAUCUCCGUCCCACCCACCUCUCGUUCUGUGUUGGAUGCCAUGUGAAUAUAUAUAUAUAUAUAUAU